CAUACUAAAGUAACUGAACUUUUUCAUCUAUAAUAAUACCAUAAUAACAACAUUCUUGAAUUCCAAGUAUUUUUCAAUGAUCAUGUCACCAAUAUUUCAACGCCCUCUUUUGAUCACUACCCAUCGAUCGAUCCUACUAUGCAUUCGGAGUUCCAGGAUUAUUCCAUGGUAAAUUAUUUCCGUCGCGAUCGAUACAUUUUGCACAUUGUUCUAGUGCCAUACAUUGGUUAUCUAAGUGUCCAGAAGAGUUGUUAGAUGAAAAAUCUCCAGCAUGGAAUAAGGGAUCAAUUCAUUAUGUAGAUACAUCAAAUGUUGAAGUGCUAAAUGCUAAUGUUGCACAAUUUGAAAAAGACAUGGAAAUGUUGUUAAAUGCAAGAGCUGAGGAGAUUGUUGAAGGUGGAAUGAUGGUGAUAAUUUCACCACAAUCAAGUGAAUGUCUUGUGAAAUUUUUUGGUUCUAGUCUUAUGGAUUUGGGAAAGUUGGAUGAAUCUCUAGUCGACUCAUUCAAUGUGCCAACGUAUUUUCCCUCUCCUAAAGACAUGAUUAAAGCGGUGGAGAAAAAUAAUUAUUUUAGCAUCGAGAGAAUAGAGUUAACGUAUCCCAAAUCAAAGCUUGUGGAAAAGGCUGAUGCAAAGACUUUAAUGAUAAAUCUAAGAGCUGUUUUAGAAGUACUUUUCGUCAAUCAUUUUGGAAGUGAAAUAGCAGAAGAAGCUUUUACAAGGACAAUUCUCAAAAGUGAUGAAAUUUCAACAUGGAUGAAAACGAAUUACCAGAAAGCAUGUCAGCUAUUUGUCGCUUUGAAGCAUAAAUAAUUUUCUGUGGAGAAAUCUAUAUAGUAUAUAAUUUCAGGUCUAUUGAGUGAUGUGACACGUUUCAUAGACAGAAAUUUUUAUUUGUGUGUUUUCUAAUAUUUUUGACCUUU